AACGAGGCGGAGCGUUGCUCGUAGGUAGGUGCGGGAACCAGCGAAAUAUCAAAAUGGCAACUGCUUCGCCGAUAGUUCAAGCUCUCCGCAAUUUUUUGGCCGGGAGAAAUCUUCAAUUGAAGUUACAGAAUCGCUAUCCGAAAGAAGUCUCUCCCAGGUCUAUACCAGAGCCCAACCUCCCUGAUGGGGUAUCUCAUCGUCUGUCCGCUAACUACUACUUCACUAGAGAUGGUAGGAGGGAAUCAAAGCCUGGUACUACGGUUUACUCAGGGGUUAAGAGAUUAGCUCAACCCAAACCAGCUUCAGAAGGAGCUACAGCUAUUGCUGCUGCCAAACCAUUGACUCCUGGAAGCAGGCCAUCAUGGAAGAUUUCAGCAGAUGAACCCUACUUGAUGUAGUCUCCACUUUGGCUUAGAACAUCAUUGUACAUAGAUUCACGAAAAAUAUAAUUAUUGUAAUAACUUUGUGCAGACUAAUUCAAGCAAUCGAGUUAAAUCUCUUUUGCAAAAUUCUCCCCAAACUAUUAACUUAUAAAUGAUUGGUUUUGAUGUUUUGUUUAAAAACAACACUUGACUGAUGCUGUGAACCACAAGUACAGGUAGAGAGAUUGGUACUUGCACCCAAACAGGGCUCUAAGCCAAUAAUUUGUCAAGGAGCUGGAAAACAAUCGUCAAAUUUGCUGGAAUUUUACAAACCGGCGUCCAUUUUUACAAAACUACUUGCUUUCCACUGCAGUCAGGAGGAGCGAUACACAUUGCACAGUUAUAUUCUGACUGGUAAGCCAUUUUAGCCAAGCAGGAAUUCUCUGUGCUCAGCAGAUAGAUGAAAUAGGGUCAAGUUGUUGUUAUGUACUUUCCAUAGCUUAGAGUUCCAUGUGUGUGAGCUUCAUCUCCAGAACAGAGGACAUUGUUAUGAAAUCAAGUUGCAACUGAUCGACUACUUCCCCUUAAUUCAUAACACUGCUACGUAAGACUAUCAAACUCUGUACAAAUUGAAAAGUGGUUGACCAAUGCUCUUUUGUUUUGCAAUAUUGCAAAGUUUUAAUCUGAUUCAUUAUUUUGUGAGUUCUAAAACUCCAAUAUGAAGUACAUGAGUGCAUGUUUGUGAUUAAUAAACGAGUUUCAAUGUAAUUUG